AUGAAAACGUCUUCGUUGUGCUUUUAUUGUGUUCUGAUCAUCUGUUUUCUUGCCCAACUUGUUAACUGCCAUGCAAGUGUUGACGAAGGUAAGACUGGUUCGUAAGUACUGAAGGGCAACUCUCGGCUGGCGAGAUUUAACUGAUCUAACGCGUUCAUAGCACACGCGUUUCUAAAGCGGGCGACCGGUUAAAGCAUGGAUAGUAGAAAGACCAGGCUCUCUAUUAUCCAUGGUUAAAAUGAUUUCUCGAGCCUUAAGGAGACUAACACUGUUAUCUUCAUUACUACAAGAAACUCAUUUAUGGUUUUCAGUUUUAAAAGAUCGAAAUUAACGUACCCACUUAUUUUUCAGGGGUGGAUGUGAAAUCCACAGCACAAUGCCUGGCUAUUAAUGUUCAGGUACGGAAUCAGGAUGAGGAUAUUCUUACGGUUACAGGAAAGGAAAAUGACCAUGUUGUGAGUAUUGGGGAUUUUGAUAUCUAAAAACUGUAAGUUUCAGGGUUUUUUUAGCGGAGCUCUCGCGCGCGAAGCGCGCGCAGCGGAGCACCAUGGGUAAGAAAAUGUGGUAAUCUACCCAUCCGAGAAAAUUUGGUAAUCACGUGACCGUACGCCCGACCGUCCGUCCGCACCACAGGCAUACCAAUGUAAAAUAACUCAAUCAACAGGUAUGGCAACCCAAAUGCAACUCGAGGUUAUUUUGGCGGGAAAUCGCAUAACCACCCGCCUCUUGUAAAGCAGAGGCAGCUAAAGAGUCAAUAAAGACGAAACCGGAAAGCGGAAAUUGCUUCUGUAUCCGUGUUUUCUUAAGUAUUAAGCUUAAAUUAAUGAAAAUGUCCACAAAUUUGGAAUAUAGAGCAACAGAAAGACAGAGAAUCGUAGUCGUGCAAAACUACGGCAAAGAAAUGUACAAAAAAAGUGUGCUGCACGUGCAAAGUUGCUUUUUUGCUAAUUAGACCUAUUGCUGUUUUUCACCGUUCUCCGGCGUUGCCUUCGCCGCUUAGCAUUACACGAUUUCAUAUUUUGUUUGAACAAACUAUACAUUUUAUCGAGAGCUUCGCUUUUAGCCCUGGUUAAAUCUAUAUGUUAACUGUAGGGCUGCUAUGAGGUGAGCGGUCGGUAAGCGCAUUAUAUUAUAUCUGAUGGAAUCGGUCCUGGUUUUAUUCCAGUGCGGCGGAGACGUGCAGUUGUUUCCUAAGACGAUUUUCACAUCGUCUUUCUCUUCUCCAGAAAGUAGCUCAACCAAACUACGGUAGUAACUACAAAUCGCAAGUGAAAUUUCAAGGUCCACUUUGCAUGCCGGUGUAGAUACAAUAAUCGUAGUUUCCGUUGUGGCAACAAGCGUCGUCUAACAUCCGGUUCACCAGGAAAAUCAACAACUUGUCCGGCUCUCCCUUAACCAAUUAUGACCUGAUUAUGGCUGUUCUAUAACAGCCACUGAAUCAGAAUUAUAUUGUGCGAACUAUCUGAAGUCGAAGAUGCAGUUUAAUUAAAUCUCGCGUCACUUAUAUGAAAAGUUAAAGCAAUGAAUAUUCUUUGUAUUUGGUGUGUUCAGCAGCAUUUUUUUUACCAAGCAGCUGUGUCUGUUCUAGCUACAGUCCAACCCCCUUGAUACAGACACUGAGGGGGUCAUAGAAAGUGUCCCUAUUGACAGGAUGUCCUUAUUAAGCGGGUUGAAAAUGAGAAAAUGUAAGGACUUUCUUUCCCCGGGGACAAAGCAAACUACAGGUAUUCUUAAUAAUGAGGUCGGUCCGUGAAGCGGAGUUUGACUGUUGCUCGAGUUGAAACUAUGUGUAUUCUACAAUCCCCUAUAUUGUUGUCAUAAUCUGCAAAUUUUAUUGUUUUCAGAUAAGUUAUGACUUCUUAACAUCAGCCGAUGAUCCAGCCACCUCUAACGAGGAGGGUAAGCAACGAUAUUCUAUCGGACUCCAUCUAUCAUCUCUCAAGCUGCAUCUCACGCUGAACGUGGAUGACAAGUGUGAAACAGAAAAAUGGAAUGGACUGAAAGGACGCAGUAAAAAGUUAUUCAAAAGCGAGGCAAGUUUAAACUGUAUAGUUAUUUCGGUCAGAAUCCAUUCCAAAGAAGAUGUUUAAUAAGCGUCUAUAGUCGAGCUUCCGAGUGCCCCAUAAGCGACCAUUUAUCAUAAGUGAUCACCUCCCCCCACAAGCGACCAGUUACUUAAUGCGACCAGUCUUAUCAUAAGCAGCUAUAUGCGUCCACCUAUUUUAAGCGACUAAGGGACAGACCAUUAGAAAAGUUAUGGGGGCGAGAUGGGAAUUUUCUAGCCGCAGGAAUUUUUUUUCGUUAUCAAAUUCCUUGUAUGAAUUUUUUUUAGGCCAUAGCAUGAAUAUCGUUUAGGAUUAAUUGGCGUGCAUGAAUUUCUUUUCAUUUAAUUUUCCCUUGCGCGAAUAUUUUUUUUGUACUUCGCCCUCCCCCCCCUCCCAUAAGUUUUCUAAUGGUCCGUCCCUAAACUGCGAACACAGACGUAUUUCCAGUCGCUGGAGAGAAAGGUGUAAUCGAAACCAAAGAGUUACUGAGGUACGCAAUGCAUGCAAAAGUGACAGAUUCCAACUUUAAAUUAAACCAGCUAGCUUAGGUGCGGGAGAGAAGUUGUACUGUCAGCAAUCCUUGUAAAUUUAUCCUUAAAGGCCUUCUCAGAUGCUCAACUGGAUAAGAUUGCCAUUUAACAGCCUUCAAAACAUGACAGUAAUCGCUUAUCAAUUUUUGGUUGAUAAGGUAGCAGAGGGACUUCAGUGGAUCACACGGCCAUUAAAGAAACUGAAAGACAAAAUAACGGAAAGCAUUUACUGUUAUUUGAAACCCAAAACUGACAACCCCAUAACAAUCAUCGAAGCCGUUCUGGAAGUGAUUUGGAGAGUGGUCAAACCUGUUUUGCAAGCUGGACAAUGGCUAUAUGAAUUUACGGCUGCUGUUAUUAAACAGGCGAAGGUA